UGACAGACUUUGUUAAAUUUACAGCCUAAGUGAUUUAAUCAUUACUAAUAUUACCAUUAUCAUCAUCAUCACUAUUAUCAUCAACAACGAUCCUUGACUGCGGGACCCAGACCGAGACCAAGAUGAGCCUGGCCGCCACUGCCCAGCUGGUGGAGCGCCUUAGGGCCCAGACGGAGGCCACGCAGGGGGACCUUUAUGGCCUCAUCCCCGAGUGUGGCAAGCCCUCAGCAGUGGCCUUGGCCCUGCUGGUGGUGGGGGAGGGCCAGGGGGACAUGGGCCAUCCCCCUGCACUGCUCCUGCCCCCGCCAAUGACCCGGCUUGGCGUCUUCAAGGUCACAGAGGGAGAUAGAAGCUGUCCAGAUCUAGAGGAUGGUGAGGUGGGCGUGGUGUGGGACCAGAGGGAGGUGGUGUGGUACAGUGGCCCGGGCAGCGAGGGCACAGCGCUGCAGGUGCUGGCUGCCACACAGCUGCACGCACUGUUUGCUGUGGCCAAGGUCACCUUCUCCCUGGAGCUGUGGUGCCGCCAGUCUGCCAGGGACUCCAGCCGGGACCCCACCCCCACCCCCGGCCCCCCUGGCACCAAGGGCAACGCAGCGGCCCUGUGUGAGGAGCUGGACUCCGCGGCGGCCUGCUUCAGGGUGCGCGGCGGCCGCCUGCUGCUGCAUGGUGGCAGUGGUGGCGUGCUGUGUGGCGGUGGUGCGGCGCUGGGGGCGGGGGACGCAGCAGGGGGCGUGCUGUUCAAGGCCGCGGGGGGCAAGAAGAAGGCAGGUGGUGGUGGUGGUGGUGGCCAGCAGGAGGCCACCUUCCAGCUGGUGUUCAACCGCAGUGCAGCGGUGGUGGAGGGGCCGGCGGCAGCCCCCGUGGUGCGGGUGGACAACUGUGAGGCGGCCGUGGUGUGUGCCGCGGUGGCCGGCGAGGCCGUGGCCUACCUGGACAAGGGUGCCGGCCUGGGGCAGCUGGCCGGGGUGCUGGCGGGGGCCGUGGCGGGGCAGGUGCGGCUGGCGGAGCACUGGCUGGCCCUGCAGCGGAGCCGGCCCGAGCUGCGCGGCCCCCUGACGGCCCUGGCCGCCCUGCCACACGCCGCCGGCCACCUGGUGGGGCUGGUGUACCCCGCCGGGGGGAGGAGGAGGCCCUGCGGCCGUACCGGGAGGCCGUGCACCGCGCCCUGCUGUUCCCCCUGGACCGCCCCAUGGUGCGCCGCGCCAACGCCCUCACCCCCGCGCCCGGCACCCGCCCCUCCGCCCUGGCCAGCCCCCACGCCUCCCUGUCCCCGCCCGGCCUGGGGGAGGCCAGCGUGGUGCGGGGGGCCUACGCAUACUACCACUACCUGCAGGGCAAGGUGGAGGACAAGGGGUGGGGGUGCGCCUACCGGUCCCUGCAGACCAUCGUGUCGUGGUACCAGAUGCAGGGCUACACCGGCCGCCCCGUGCCCUCGCACCGCGACAUCCAGCAGUGCCUGGUGGACAUCGGGGACAAGCCGCACGACUUCCUGGGGUCCCGGCAGUGGAUCGGCUCCACGGAGGUUGGCUUCGUGCUGGAGACCCUGUACGGCAUUCGCUCUCGGUUCCUGUGCGUGUCCAGCGGCGCGGAGCUGGCCUCCCGCGGCGGCGAGCUGGCCCAGCACUUUGCCACGCAGGGCACGCCCGUCAUGGUGGGCGGCGGAGUGCUGGCCCACACCAUCCUGGGCGUGGACUGGGACGAGGCGGCCCAGAACACUUCCUUCCUGGUGCUAGAUCCUCACUACACCGGCCCGGAUGAUGCUGCUGCGGUGGUGGCCAAGGGAGGCGUGGCUUGGAAAAAUGCUGAGUUUUGGAAAGCUGAUGCGUUCUAUAACUUGUGCCUGCCACAGAGACCCGUUUGUAUAUAGGUGUGUGUGUGUGUGUGUGUGUGUCUGUGUGUGUGUCUGUGUGUGUCUGUGUGUGUGUGUGUGUGUGAGAGAGAGAGAGAGAGAGAGAUUCCUGUUCUUGUAAUCUUAUUGUGUAUAGUCUGUGUGUGUGUGUGUGUGUGUGUGUGUGUGUGUGUGUGUGUGUGUGUGUGUGUGUGUGUGUGUAUGCAAGAUUUCUAUAACGUGUGCGUAUGGCUGUCUAUCUGUGCAUGCAUGCGUGCGUGCGUGCGUGCGUGCGUGCGUGUGUGCGUGCGUCCACUCUCUAUAGACCAUGUAUGUAUUGACCAUGUGUGUAUGUAUGUACGUAUGCAUGUAUGUAACCUUUCUGGAACCUGUGUGCGUGUGUGUAUGUAUGUAUGUGUGUCUGUUUGUAUGUAUGUGGGCUGAGAGUGUGUGUGUGUGUGUGUGUGUGUGUGUGUGUGUGUGUGUGUGUGUAUGUAUGUGUUAGCCAGCCAGACAAUUUUCCAGUGUAUUUGAAGCAGUGUUUCAGUCAUCAAUACACCAGCAGCAUUCCAGAGGGGGGUGGUGGGGGCAAUACAGUGUUUGGUGUGCGGAACCAGUCGUUUGUUGUGGAGUUUCCAGUCUAAGCUUUUCCCUUGGUUCUUUUUUGUUUUGUACGAGAGUAAGUAAUAAAUAAAACUGACAAAUUGAAGAAA